AUGGCUCGAAGUGUCUACGAAGAUCUGCCCCUCACUUCGCCAAGGUCGAUUCGCAUCCUCAAACUCGACGCUGUGUCUGCGCCUACAUAUCCAGGACAGGAAGUCGAGAUCCAGCUCAGCCUUCGCGUUGUAAAUCUAGAUGAUAACCCAUGUUACAAUGCACUUUCCUAUACGUGGGGCGCUCCGAGCCGUGAAGCUGCAGCAAGAGGAAUGGAUAGCACUCCGAUGUGUCGUGUUAACUGCAAUGGAGAGUCGAUUCUGGUAACGCAGAACCUCUUUGACUGUCUGCAGCAGCUCACUCAUGGCAGCAGAAGCAAUGACAUGGAGUUCUGGAUAGAUGCUAUCUGUAUUCACCAGGGCAGUGAAGAGCAAAACCGGCAAGUAAAUUUGAUGGCGGACAUAUACCGGCAGGCGAAGAAAGUGACUAUUUGGCUGGGCAAGGCAGACGAACAUACCGACCCAGCAUGCGUCUUCAUAGAGAAGUUUGCGAGAUCCCACAGGACUAGUGGAACGGACCAUCAAGCCAUGGUCGACGAGCUCAAGCAACAUGCCCAAUUAUCAGCCUUGGCAUCGUUCUUUAACAGAACUUGGUUUACACGAGUAUGGGUGGUGCAAGAGGUUGUCCUUUCUCAGGCAGCCACCGUGAUAUGCGGUUCCUGCGUGUUCAGUUGGGAUGACAUUACAGAAGUGUCUCAUUAUCUGGCCACAACCGUUUCCAAGCAAGAAUUCCAUGCUGCUGGCCUUGAUCUGCAGGAGUUGCCAUACAAGAAUCCCGCUAAAAUGGCCGCCGUGAGGAGAGAUCUCGUUAAAUUGGCCGUGGUGGGAAAACAUCUCGAAAGAGACAGAGACAGCACAAUACUAUUGCAUAGCCUCAUCAGGUUUCGGAACUGGGAUUCUUUCAGAGGGCAUGACAAGGUCUACGCUCUUCUCGGGAUCCACAAGGCUGCCUUGGGACUGGAGGACGCCGAGCCUGAUUCUCCCUUGUAUCCACGGUACGAGCAAGAUAUGUGCAAGGCAUACAUUGGCAUCGCAAAGUAUAUUCUAGAGAAUACUUCUGAUCUCUUGCUCCUUGCACAUGUCGAGGGUGAAGACUUCCAGAGCAUCCCUUCGUUGCCUAGCUGGGUUCCAGAUUGGAGCGUAAAGGGCACUUUAGGCCUUGGAAUCACCGGCUAUGAGCGCUUCUGUGCUGCCGCUGGCACAGAAGCUUAUGUGAAGCCGAAAAUUUCGAAUGAUCUUCUGACAUUGAGGGCAGCCAAACUCGACACUGUCAGCAAGAUAGGGGAGACGAAAGAAGAGGUGGACAGAGGCACGCCAUUCGUCCAAUGGCUAGACAUCCUCAAUGAGACCGAAGAGCUCUACCAUAAUACUAAAGAACAGCGGCAGGACGUCUUUUGGAGGUGCCUAAUUACAAAUACGGACAAGAACGGCAAAUUCCCUUCAUCUGAUUUAAGAGAGGAGUUUUCGAGCUGGAUUCGUGGCCGCACGGAAACACGAGACUCUGAGUGGAUAGAAGGCGCUCGCAAUUUUCACAGUUCUUAUUCUCAUUCACUGCAUCUGCGCUUGUUUAGCACGGCAGAGGGCUUAAUGGGGGUUGGAUCGCAAUCGAUGAAAGCGGGAGACUCUGUGUGGAUUGUUCCCGGCUCGAGGGUCCCCCUCCUGUUACGCCCGUCACCCUACAACGAAGGGCGAUGGAAGCUUGUAGGCGGCGCGUAUGUUCACGGAUUUAUGCAAGGAGAGGCAUCAGGGCGAGGCCUAUCAUUUGAGACUAUCUGCAUAGAAUGA